AAAUGAAUACAAAAAGCUUGGUAUGUCUGGUAGCUAUCUUGGAAAUGGUUCUGCCACAGUUGUACAAGACUUGGCACUGGAGACAGGAUCACCUUAAACUAUUUGAUCUCUCCACAGCAUUGCAAAAGAACAAUACAGAUUUUUAUGCAUGGCUAGGUGUUGAACCAGCAGCCACUACAGCAGAAAUUAGUAAAGACCAUCACCAACUUGUAUUCAAAUAACAGUGAGUGCCUCUAUUUAUCAAUACGACACCCCCUUACAUUAACUCUUAUAGUCCAGAGACUUCCGCUGAACCUG